UUGUCGCUUGAUGGCGUGUGAAAGGUGGUUUGAAUAUAAAUAAAGCAGUCAGGGAGACGACACCCUCAGUUGCGACCAUGGCUUUUGUGAAGUGGUUGUUCUGUGUACUGUUCGUGAUUGUAUUGAACCAUCAAGUUCAAGGCCAGUUGGGCCUUCCCGGCAAUAACUAUAUAGAAAAACAACUGCUUUGUGCCCUUGAUAAAGCCCCAUGUGACGCUUUAGGCCGCCAAAUUAAAGGUGCCUUACCAGAGAUCAUUGGCAAAAACUGUGCAGCUUGUGAUGCGAGACAAGUGGCUAAUGCGAGAAGGAUUGCCCGUUAUGUUCAAGCGAAAUACCCAGACGUAUGGAAUGCCUUAGUUGAAAAAUAUGCCAAAGAAAAGCAAUGAGGAAAAAAAGUUGGCCCAUGAGGAGAUCGAACCCGCGACCUUCGCGUUAUUAGCACGACGCUCUAACCAACUGAGCUAGUGGGCCACUGUACCUCUCUUUGGUAAUAAAAUACUAGCAGGCAGAAGUCAUAUUUUUUUUAAGUAUUUAUUUUUUUUCUAAAACUUAUUUGAUAGACUUAUGGGGAAUUUUAGGAAUUUUAGCUUAAACGUGUACUAAGUACAAAUAGAUCGACCUGUGUUAGUAGGAACUGUCUAGUGUUACUGUUCUUAUCCAGUAGUUAAGAGAUAUGUUGUGUAUCCCCAAAUAAAGAUAUUUUCAACGACUA